AUGGCAUCCAUCAACGACCUCGCCACGGCGGCCAUAGCCACCUCGGCCGCGACUAGCGGCGGACCGGCCGGAGAUGACGUGCCAUCCGUCACGACGCCGCCCGCCGGUGUCGUCCGUGGCGCUUUCGUUGUGUUUGAGGGCCUGGACCGGAGCGGAAAGACCACGCAGGUCAAGCUGCUUGAGCAGCGGUUCGUGGAGCUGGGCAAGAAGGUCAAGGUCAUGCGUUUCCCUGGUGAGUUUUAG